AUGUCGGGGGCGGAGGUGAUCGCAGUCGUAGCCUGUGUGGCAGCUGUUGUCUCCGCCUACAAUGACGGAAGCCGCAUUUUCACAGCAAUCCGGAACAAAUGGCACAAUCGCCGCCGAACAGACCAGUCCACUAGGGACUUGGACUGGUCGCUGACUCGCGGCCAUCACGAAAUCAUGUGUCAAUAUAACGAGCACCGACAAGAACUUGGUCGACGGUACGAGGAAGGGGACUCGAUCGCCCGAGAACAAAUGAAAGAUAUCAUCAUCACACUGCAAGGCGCCCUGCUGAGACAUCUUCGCGAGGCACAGGAGAGGGGUGCGAGUCUGGAUUUGAUGGCUUUGCAGAUUGAAUCAGACCAGGGACGUGUGAGAACACUGGCGAUACUGGGGGACCUCUAUCACCGACUUGCCAGACCUUCACCUGUACUAUCAUCAUCAAUCACGAUGUCAAUCGACCCAAACUAUCCGAGAUGGAAGUCUCCCGGUCGCACGGCUCACAUCAUGCCGGAUGGGCCAUCGGAUGUGAGAUACCCUGGCGGGUACCCGACCUCAUCAAGUGGCUUCGUCCUUGGGAGCAUUUGCACAUCCCCUAUCGAGUCAACAGGACCGCCGAGAGAAUUGGAAGCAUCGAGUCCUAUAUCCAGCCUUCCUCGCAGAACGUCAUCGGGUAUUGGGUCGGUCGUUAGUAGUGUGAGCGACAUGUUCCAUUCUCGCUCUAGUCGCGGAAGCACAUCAUCGGUUCCUUCAUCAUUUCCUUCAUCCAUGUUCGAGUCUGGAUUCCCACACGGCCCGGUACAAACCGUGUCUCAGACAGAUCCUAUACCAGAGGUCGACGUUCGGCCAGCGACACCACUGCCGCUAGACACAUCUGCAUGGACCCCGGAGCCUCGCAUACCCCAUGAUGAGAUAUGGGGAAAUCCAUGGCAGUAUGAACUGAACACAGGCUCCGACGAAGAUCUCAGCAAACAGAUUGAGCGGACUCACCUCUCCCCCAUCUCACCUCCCAUCGCCCGCCGCCAUUCCCUCCCUCCGCCCUCAAUCGCAUCCACAGACUCCACGCCAUCAAACAUGUCAAUAAACAGUGAUCCCCCCAGAACCACCCAUCCCCUCUGGCCACCUUCCAAAGCAAACAAUUACCUGGGAUUCUGCAAAGGUGCAUGGAAAGUCCACACCGGCUUUGCAGGCUUCAAGGUCCACACAGAGCCCGGCUCAGGAUAUUAUACGCAGCGCUCAUGGCUCCGCUGCAAAGAAUGUGCCUUCGAAGCCCCGAUGGCCAAAUCAUCUAGCAGCAACCUCCUGUUCGACGAAACAGUCAGAUACCACCGAGCGAGCGGCGUCCGCUACCGGUCAGAGUUCUUGGCUAAAUCACACGUGCCGUGUAAACGGGAUGCGACGUCUUCUUUCUCCCCUUUGACCCCUCGAGGGGCGUUCUCUUGCGCUUUUUGUGCCGCUACCAUUGGUCCCGGACAGGUUUAUGGCAAUCUUGACACUUUCAUGAUGCAUCUCGGGGACAGCCACUGGGCCGUGGAUCGAGGGACUCUUGCGCUCUUGCCGAGUACACGAUGCGUGGCCGGUCGGGUGGCUGGGGACUCGGAGUAUUUCGAUCUGAAUAUUCUGGCCAGAUGA